AUUUGCAUAUAACAAAUUUAAACCUUCUUUGCAGAGUUUGUGGUUGUUUUAUUGGGAAAAAAAACUACUCAAUUGGAGUCAUCCAAAAAGAUAAAAUUGAAAAGAUGUUUCACGUCAAAUUAACAGAUUUAGAAGGAGUUCAUCCUUCAAAAAUUUGUCCUAAAUGUUACAAAACAAUUAACAUAGUAAUAAAAAGAAUGUCAUCAACUACUCUGCUUUUAUGUACAAAGUUUACACCUCAUUGUGAUUACUGCUAUACUUGUCAUCGUGUGAAAAAACUGAGUCAGGGUGCUAUUUUUUCAAAUUCCCAAAUAAGGAGUAAAACAAAGUUUAUUGGCCAUCCUAAAAUUGGCGAAAAGGUUUGGAGUUUUUCUAUCUUGAGUACUUUAAAGGAAAAUAUUUUGACAUUACACAAUUUGGAAAUAGACAAUAACGACUUGGUAAAUGAAUUUAAUCCUUACUUACAGCUAUGCAUAUGUUGUUUAUGUGGUAAAAUACCAAAACAACCGGUAUUUUUGAAAAAAUGUGAACGUUUGUUUUGUUUUUUCUGUUUAGUGGAGAUUAUUAAAAUUAGGUUCUUUAAUGAAACUGCAUGCCCAAAAUGUAACGAACCUUUAAUACCUGAAGACUUAGUUGCCAGCAAUAAAACAAACUCCCUUAUAAAAAUGUUAAGUGUUGAAUGUAUUCUAUGUAAAGAAAAGUUUAAUGUAAUAAAAGAAUAUGAUGUAUAUAUACAUCAUAAGCUUAUAUGCAAUGGAAAAUCUGUAACAAAAUCAUUAUUUUUGUCCUUACCAUUAUCUUUACCAAGUUUGUCACCAACAUUGUAUACUUUUAACAAUAGCAUUUCUGAGAUUUUCAAUCUAACAGCUAAUAGUAAUAUACCAAGAGUUGUUGAAGAUGCUGCACUCCAUGUUCUUAAACAAAAGAUGGAAAAAAGUGGAGGAAAAUCAAUUUCAUUUAAAAGUGGAGGACCUAGACCAGUUCUGUUUUCAUCUAUUGCAAAGGCAUAUGUCACAAGCAAUGAGGCAUCAAGUACAACAAUAAAAGAAAGAAAUGCAAUUUUGAAAAGAAAUAUGGAAAUUGUGUCUGGUACAUCUACUGAUUCAGUUUGUAGCCAGUCUUCGAAGCUGCUGAAAUCAUUUCCAUCAGAAACAAGAGAAAAAAUAUUGACUAAUUUGAAUAUUGAAGGAGUUGCAAUUAGUGCAACUAAAAUGGUAGCUAUGAAAGCAGAUCUCGGUUUACCUUGGGAAAAGCUAAAAAAUAUCUAG